UCUCUUGGUAUAAUCCGCAUCCAACAAGGUUAUCCGGAAGGAGACAAAUCAAAGCCGCUUGAUGGGCCACGACCAAAAAGCUUUGUAAAAGGCAUCUUUGUAUUAAGUCGGGCGUCGGACCAUUGAAUUAAAGCUACCAGGAGCGCGCGAUGAAAUACGGAGAGCACAGAGAGAUAAAUGAGGAGGCGUGUUAGGAGGGAAACUUUGUGUCUCGACCUUCCUUGGAGCAGAGGAGCGCUCAUCCGUUGGAUUACAGAGCACCAAUCCACAACUUCAGAUAAUAACACUCUUAACUGGCCUACUUGAAAAAGAAGGUUCACUCGGACAAAUUUUUGACCAAACGCAGACGGCAGAGGAUUAAAACACCAUUUUCUGCCCCAUUUCUCAUACUUAUCAUCGGCGCUUCCUCGACCGGUCGCCAAAAUGAUGUCCUAUUUGAAGCAACCGCCGUACACGGUGAACGGCCUGAGCUUAUCUACCUCAGGAGUGGACUUGCUGCAUCCUUCAGUGGGAUACCAAGGAACCCCUCGCAAACAGAGGAGGGAGAGGACGACCUUCACUCGGGCCCAGCUGGAUGUGCUGGAGAAUCUCUUUGCCAAGACUCGCUACCCUGACAUCUUCAUGAGAGAAGAGGUGGCCUUAAAAAUCAACCUGCCUGAAUCCAGAGUGCAAGUAUGGUUCAAAAACAGACGAGCCAAACAUCGCCAGCAGGCCCAGCAAACCCAAAGUGGAGUCCAGAGCAAGUCUGUCAGCAGGCCCGUGAAAAAGAAAGGCUCUCCUGUCAGGGAGGCCAGCUCAGAAAGCGGAGCCAGCGGGCAGUUCACGCCACCCUCUACCACCUCACUCCCGGUCGUGAGCAGCAGCGCGGCACCCGUCUCCAUAUGGAGCCCGGCCUCCAUCUCUCCGCUCUCCGAUCCGUUGUCUACCUCUUCGUCCUCCUGCAUGCAGCGUUCAUACCCCAUGACUUACACCCAGGCAACAGGCUACAACCAGGGCUACACCGGUUCUUCGUCUUAUUUCACCGGGAUGGACUGCGCCUCCUACCUUUCGCCUAUGCACCACCAACUAUCCGCCGCGGGGUCCGCCAUGAGCCCCAUGGGCAGCAACGGGGUAUCCAGCCACCUGAGCCCGGCGUCUUCCAUCUCAUCGACAGCGUACGGAGCGGCGGGGCUAGGUUUCACCAGCGCUGCAGAGUGCCUGGACUAUAAGGAUCAAACUGCCUCCUCGUGGAAGCUUAAUUUCAACUCGGACUGUUUGGAUUACAAAGACCAAGCAGCAUGGAAAUUCCAGGUGUUGUGAGGGGAGAAAAACAACAAAUAAUUGGACAGACUUCAUGAACAGCAGACUUUAAAGACAAUUGGGAACAACAAAGCGGUGUCCCACUACUAUACAGGCCCCAGCCUCUACCUCGGGUCGAGCAGAGCAGGACUGCCAGGCGGUUGUCUCACUUGUUGGGCUCAGUUAUUGAACACUGAAACUGACUUCUGCCCAACUUUGAUCAAGAGCACGGAACAAAUGUGUUGACCAGAAGGAUAAAGAAAGGAUCAAGGGAGCGAAAGAUCCCAGCCUGACUUGGUUGAAUUUGAGGAUAGGUCAGGUUUUCCUCUAAGCUUCUUAAAGACUCCCCCUCUUGUCUUUCUUUUUAAUUUAGUUGGCACCUCUUUGAUCAAAGCGAUGUGCAUGAGUGAGUGUACUGCAAAAAGUAUGUAAGAGAGAGUGAGAAAAAGCAACUCUGACAUGAACCUGGAUGCACUAUUUAAUUUAUGAGAAAAUAUAAAACUACUAAUGAGACAAUCAACCCGUUUGCGCGUAAGCAAAAAAAAAUGUGUUAUUGAAUUAUAAUUUGUCUUUGUAAUACUUUUUUGUUCAAAGUUGGGAUUUUUUUAAUGUUCUACUUGUAUGCAAUUUUUUGCUUUUGCGCAACACAUGCGCCACAGGCCAGCUGUGAAAUUUGAUAAUUUUAUUUACAUGUCUCGCGUCUCAAAUGAUAACUUUUAACGGAGUCUUAUUAGUUGAACAGAUGUUAAAAUCAAGCCAACAUCAAGUAAAGUCCAUAUGAGCUGUAAAGUUUGGUGAGAGAUCCACAAACACUUAAUAAUAACAAUAAAGACCACUUGACCUGA